AUGCUAGAUAGUGCUAGUAGAGCUGCUAGCAUCUACUAGCAAACGUUGCUAGUGCUUUAGUUGCCAUGCUGCGCCUGGGACUCGUGGUGGCUGGUGUGAUUCUUGCUGAUACGACGUCCUGCAGCAAAGAACGCCUCCGAAAACUAUUGCGAGAAGAGCGACAUCGCGCUUGGUCCUGCGAGAACGUUCAUUUGAAAGUCAUCGAGGACCAGCCCUGGGAGGCCUGGGCUUUAGAUAGCCAACCUGCUUUCCAGCAUCUGAAUUUCAAGGUAUUGGACCCUCAUCCUUUGAAGGAUAGGGAUGAUGUCAUUUGGAGCUUAGCCCAGCCUCCGUACAACCAGACGAUGCCUGAUGGGACCAAGAGAAAACCGGAGGUGGUUACUGCACGCUUUUGGACGAACAUGCAUGUACCGCCUGGACGCGCCUUUGCAGUUGAGGCACUGAACCGUCUGGACGUUGUGCGGGAGUGGAUGCCUCAGCUCUUUAGCAACUUGGGUGUAGCGGGAUCUGUGGACCUCUAUGCAACACGCGUAGGGCGCAAUAAGGUUGGAUCCUAUGGCUGGCACCUGGACACUGUCGAUGCUUUGAUAUACGUCCUCCAGGGUGCCAAGCGCGUGCGCGUGGCUGGGCACUACCCUGGAAGCAAGGUCACCAUGGAUAAGGUGCUGAGCGCAGGCUCCAUGGUCUAUGUCCCUGGCGGUCGCUUCCAUGUGUUGCACGCUCUGCCCAUUGAUGUGGAUGCGAAAACUGCAGGCUUAGUCGUUGCCCUCAGCAUUGGCCUUUUUAAUCCCAAUGAGGAUUUGCUGCAGGUCCGCACUGAUACCUACAGGUCGGCCUUCGAACAUCGUAACCUGCUUUGGUCGGACAUGACCAGCCACUCAGCUUUUCUGCCGGAGAACUUCCCCAGGAAACCGGAGGUUGUUUAUGCUGACAAGGAUGCGUUGGACUCGAAGGGCUUUGGGGCCAUCCAUCGGCGCGUGCUUCAAAAAGAUGCGCUGCGCCUGGCAAUGCUGCUGCGCCAAGGGGCUGAGGUGAAUCUCCAUAGCCAACCGCCUGAGGGCCCGUCAUUGACACCUUUGGGUUUAGCAGCGUGUUGCGUGGACGACGAGGAAGUGGCUUUGCUGCUCACUGCCAAGCUGUUGGAAUUUGGCGCAGAGCCAACCGUUGAAUUUCAUGAUGGAGAGAACUUCUCAGCCGUGCAAGUGGCCCAUCGCCGCAAUGAGGCAUUUGCUGCCCAGAUGGCACUGCGACUAUACGCUGCUAGCGACUCAAGCGAGCUGUGAGGAAAGGCAACGCACUUCGUUUUGUGCAAAGAGGAUCGAAGAGGCUCACUUCGUUUAAUCUGCUCGUUUUGUACUUGGACCGAGCUCCUCGUCUUUAGCCAUG